GGUUGAGGCCGUGGAGUGGGGGACAACCAGCGGGAAGUGAGAGGGUGGCUAGAGAACAGCUGAGUGAAAGCCAAUGACUCGGCCGUCCCUCAGUCGAGUCUUUGCCGCCCUCCAGCUUGGUAUAGCCCGCAAGAAAAUGCCUUUUUACGCCGUUGCCAGGGGAAACAAACCCGGAAUUUACCAAACCUGGGCUGAAUGUCAGGAAAGCAUCAAUGGCUACGCUCGUGCUCGCUACAAGAAAUUCGCCACAGAAGCUGAAGCAAAGGAGUUUGUGCAGGAGAAUUCCCUCACCUGCCCUACAGUGGACCGGCGGGAGACAUCCAAGAAGGCUGAGGACAAUGGAGCUCCACCCUCCAGCCGCACCCAUAAUGAAGGCAGCUUGAGCCCCACCCUGCUGGAGAUGAAGACCUCCAUGAAGUGCCUACAGAAGGACCUAUCAGAGCUGAGGACACGCUUUGAGUCUUAUAUUCAAGACCGCAGUGGCACUGCCCGUUCUAAGCCUCUCCCUCCCUCCUCAGCUCCAGUGCAGAAGAGGAAGCAUGAAAGUGAGUCGGAGGAGGAGGGGGAUGAGGACCGGCCAUCAAGCUCCAAGAAGCUGAAUGCCGAGGGUAAAGAAGGAGACAAGACCAAGUUUAAGGUGGACAGUGAUGGCUUCCUCAUCGUAUACACGGACGGGUCAUGUUGGAUGAAUGGCAAGCAAGGCGCCAAGGCAGGCAUGGGUGUCUUCUUUGGCCAGGACCAUCCCUUGAAUGUAGCUGAGCCAAUAAAGGGACGACCCACCAACAACAAUGCGGAGAUUCAGGCAGCCACAUGUGCUCUGGAGUUGGCAAAAUCAGCAGGCUUUUCCAAGGUUGCUGUGCACACUGACUCCCAGUUUAUGAUUGAUUGUGCCUCCUCCUGGAUGAAGAACUGGAAAAAGAAGGGCUGGGUGAAGUCUGAUGGUCAGCCAGUGAAGAACAAGGAGGAACUAAUGGUUUUGGACUCUGCAAUGGAUGAUUUGGCUGUGAAGUGGGUCCAUGUGAAGGCUCAUGCAGGACACGAGGGCAAUGAGGAGGCAGACAAGCUGGCUCGGCAAGGAGGGAAACAGUACAAAAGUGAAGCCUGAGCCAGACAUCUACAGAGGUUGCACUAAUGUUUUGUGAAAAUGUGUGCCUUUAGUUGUGUGUCUGUGAGCAGUUCAGGAUUCUCUUACGGGGUGUAUGACUUAACCAUAAAGUAUAUUUUGAUAUAAUCAUGAUCAUCAAAAGUAGUCAGAGCUAGUCCACUCCCAACGUAUAACAUUUAUUUGUCUUAUGAGUUUUAGUUCAGUCUUCCUAAAUUUUCAGAUCUAUCCAACACCCAACUCUUGUAGUUACACCUUGCUGCAAAAUCUUUUUUUUGUUUUUAUGUAAAUUUUCUGUCAUGGACAUCAGUUUCAAGGAGUUUCAAGAAACAAGUGUCAGAAUAGAUGCAUAAAUAACCAGGUAGUAACCAGAUGGUACAUUUUUCAAAGGUCAAUAUGUUUUGUACUCAUUAUUUCAUAUGUGCUGGUGUAACAGCUUUAAAUGUAAUUAAGAGAUAUUUAUAUUGUUUCUUGAAGAGUUUGUUUUGUCUGAAAUACCAAAGCUUGAAGACUUGCUCUGUGACCCAGAAGGCCAUUGUGGUGUUCAGAGGUGAUGUACAUUUUAUUUUCAGCAAUGGAGUUAUGAUAUGAAUGCACAGUUUGUUAAAAGGAAGCGAAUCUCCCUAUGUUUAAUUCAAAAUUCCAUGUCAGCAUUUUUCAGCAUGAGAACCUUUCCAAUGUGAGGAAGGUUAAACCAACAGAUAUUUGUAGGUGAAAAGUGACCAUUUUUGAGAGUUUGGUUCAGGAAUAUAUAUUUAUUAUGUUGCUUCCUGGGCUGGCAUUCUCAAAUGUUUUAGCUUCUUAUUUCAUCUACUUUUAACAAACCGGUGUUAAUUGUCAUAAUGUUUAAGGAUAUGUUAAUUAUUUUAUCUGUAUACCAGAUUGGCAAUCCCAUAUGGGGUGGCUCAGACAAAAAUUGACUCACUCAUAUGUGCAUGUCAUUCACAUUUUGUCUUGCCAACCUCUGGUGGAAAGGGUUAGUUAUUGUUGUGACAGUUUUACAAAGAUUCUACAUCAUGAAGCAUUUUAGAAUGUAAGCCCUGAGAAGCAGUGAAGAAGCCAGUGGAAAACUAAACUGUAUCUGUAAGUAGUACCUGAAGCAGAAUAUUCUUUCUGUUGUGUGAAAAUGUUUGAUACAUCACUAUGCACAGAGUUUCUAUUUGGAUUAUUUGUUAAUUAUUGUGGUGCUUAAUAAAGUUUAAUAACAAGU